AGAAAUAUCUAUUUAAUAAAUACAAGACGGUGAACCAGAUCACCUCAGCAAGAAUUGACCGUAUAUUAUUUGACCUAAUCCUGACUUUUGCGUUAAGGCUGAACGUUUGGUUCAGAUCAGUGUCCCCUACAAAUUAUAAAAACAGGCCAUUUUAUUAUUGAAGGGCAUAUUUUCAUUGACAGGCUAGCUAGUUGCACAGAUCUGGGCACCUGAGAAGCAUGGAAAUUGGAAGAGACUCGUUCCCCUUUCCCUACAAGCCCUACGGCAUCCAGGAGCAGUUCAUGAGAGCUCUCUACAGCGCCCUGGAUGAGGGCAAAGUGGGCAUCUUUGAGAGUCCCACUGGAACGGGCAAGUCUUUAAGUCUGAUAUGUGGAGCCCUGAGCUGGCUGACAGACUAUGAGGAGAAGAGGAAACAGGAGACAGCUGCUCUGCUGCAGGAAGGAGAAGCCUCUCUCUCCAUCUCUGUUGCUCCAUCAUCCAGCACCAGCUCAGCAUCAGCAGAACCAGACUGGAUCACCGACUUUGUCCAGAAAAAGGCUGAACGUGACCUGGUGUCAAAGUUAAAGGAGGAGGAGCUAAAGAGAAAGAAAAGAGAAGAACGACUGGAAAUUAUCAGGAAUAACGUUCAUCUAAAGUAUGCUGGUAAAAGAAAGAGCCGCGAGGAGGACGAAGCGUUCAAGCUGCUUCAGCUCAGUAAAGAGGAACAAGCCGAGACUCCAGGAGAUCAAGAGGAUGAGGAGUUUAUUGUUGCAGAAUAUGAGAGUGACGAUGAGUCAAAGGGUAAGAGCAGAGUAUUUGGAGGUGAGGAGGAGGAAGAUGAGGAGCUGGUAGAGGAACAUGUGACCAAGAUUUACUACUGCAGUCGCACGCAUUCCCAGUUGGCCCAGUUUGUCCAUGAGGUUCAGAAGAGCCCCUUUAGUAAAAACAUCAGUCUAGUGACACUGGGUUCUCGACAGAACCUGUGUGUUAACAAGGAGGUGCGACGGCUGGGCAGCGUCCAGCGAAUUAAUGAUCGCUGCUUGGAAAUGCAGAAAAACAAGCACGGUGAGAAAAUUGACUCCUUCCUUCGAUCAAGACCACAUUCUUUGAGCUCAUGGUUUUCCCUUUUUUUCUCGUUCUUUAAUUUGUUCGCAGAGAGGGUACAACAUGAAGACGGCGCAAAACGCAAGAAAGGCCCACCGAAGAGCGUUUGUCCUUACAACAAAGCUUCGGCGCUGCAGCAGAUGAGGGACGAGGUCCUGGGGACGAUCCAGGACAUAGAGCAACUGCUGAAGAUCGGGAAGGAAUUACACGCCUGUCCUUAUUACUCCACACGUCUUGCUGUCCCACCUGCACAGUUGGUCGUUUUGCCUUAUCAGAUGGUUCUUCAUGAGGCUACAAGAAGGGCAGCAGGGGUCCAGCUGAAGGGACAGGUGGUGAUCAUAGAUGAAGCGCACAAUCUCAGCGACACCCUGUCCUGUAUACACAGUGCAGAGCUCAAUGGAGCGCAGCUUUGCCGCGCUCAGUCCCAGCUUACCCAGUAUGCCGAGCGCUACAAGAGCAGACUGAAGGCAAAGAAUGUGAUGUACAUCAAGCAGAUUCUGUUUGUGAUAGAGGGGCUGAUCCGUGUGCUGGGAGGUAAAGUUGGACAGAAUCCACAGAGUCAGAUUACACAAGCAGGGACAGAGAUGUAUACCAUUAACAAUUUCCUCUUCAAGGCCCAGAUUGACAAUAUCAAUUUAUUUAAGUUACACAGAUACAUUGAAAAGAGCAUGAUCAGCAGGAAGCUGGGGGGGUUUGUGGAGAAGUACGCCGGCUCUGGUGUGAUGCUGCAUGCCCAGAGCACCUCCAACAAGGAGAACCGUCGCACAGAAGGUUUAAAUCGUUACCUUGAAACCUUAAAGAAGAACCCCACCUCUGCACCAGUUCCUCCAACAGACCAGCAGGGGGCUGCUGAAGCAGACAAAGUGCUGUCAGCAUCCCCUAUGAUGCAGGUGGAGGGGUUCUUCCUGGCUCUCACCAACAGUAACACUGAUGGCAGGGUGGUUUUAAACAAACAAGGUACUUUGUCAGAGAGCAGCGUCAAAUUCCUUCUUUUGAAUCCAGCCGUCCACUUUGCCCAGGUGUUGAAGGAAUGCAGAGCAGUCAUUAUUGCAGGAGGAACAAUGCAGCCGGUUUCAGACUUCAAACAGGAACUACUGCUUUCUGCUGGAGUGAAGGAGGAGCGUAUCACUGAGUUUUCCUGUGGACAUGUGAUUCCCCCUGAGAAUAUUCUUCCCCUCGUUUUGUGUGCCGGUCCAUCGGGUCAGGAGCUGGAUUUCACCUAUCAAAACAGAGACUCUCCUCGAAUGAUGGAUGAAACAGGACGCAUUCUCUCCAACAUCUGCAACGUGGUCCCUGGGGGGGUUGUGUGUUUCUUUCCCUCUUAUGAAUACUCCAGGAGGAUUAUUUCUCACUGGGAGGCCAGCAGCUUGAUUACCAGACUAGGGAAUAAGAAAAAGAUCUUUCAGGAACCAAAGAAGGCCAACCAGGUGGAGCAGGUGCUAAAUGAGUUUACCCGUUGUAUCCAGCGGUGUGCCUUGGACAGCAGUGGAGGAGUCACAGGGGCAAUAUUGUUCUCUGUGGUGGGUGGAAAGAUGAGUGAAGGCAUCAAUUUCUCUGAUGACCUGGGGAGGUGUGUAGUGAUGGUAGGGAUGCCAUAUCCUAACAUCAAAUCUCCAGAGCUGCAGGAAAAGAUGUCAUAUCUUGACAAACACCUGCCUCACAGUCAUGGGAGAAGCCCUGGGCAAGCACUGGUAGAGAACCUGUGCAUGAAGGCCGUCAACCAGUCUAUAGGCAGAGCCAUCAGACACAGAGGCGACUAUUCCUCCAUCGUCCUUUGCGACAGGCGUUACGCUCGGCCCGCCACGCUGUCUAAGCUCCCCACUUGGAUAAAGGAUCGCACCACCACACACUCCAGCUUCGGUCCUGCUUUUGCCGCCUUGCGGAAGUUCUUCCUGGAGAAGAAGAAGACGCAGGAGUAGUUUCUUUCACAGCUCAUUGAUGCACUGCAAGGGACCUUUUAUAUGCUUUAAUUAUGUUUUUAUUUUUGAUUUAAACAUAAUAUUUUAUUUUUGUCAUGACUGUUUCAGUU